AUGGCGUCCACCACCCAAACUACAGUUCCGGCCACCACUGAAGUCAUUCAGCUUCACGCUACUACACACUUCCCUAUCAAACUCACACCUACGAAUUUCCCAGUAUGGCGCCGGCAAGUCCACGCUACUCUUGUUGGACUUGAUCUCCUGGGAUAUGUUGACAGUUCCAUCAUGGAACCAGCCAAGUUCACCGAUUCCGCGAACACCGUCGCUAACCCGAGCCAUUUUGUUUGGUAUCGCCAAGACCAAACUAUUGUCAGUGCACUUCUGGGCAGCUGUACUGACACAAUCCAGCCGGUCAUCUCCUCGGCCACAACAGCCCGCGAUGCAUGGCAACGUCUCAUUGCCAGUUACGCUAGUGCCUCUCGAGGACGCAUCAUUUCCCUCAAGGCAAAGCUCACCACAGAUCCCAGAGGUUCUCGGUCCAUUACGGCGUACCUCACUGACAUGCGAGCUAUCGCUGAUGACCUUGCUCUUGCUCAGUGUCCAGUCACUGAUGAAGAUUUGGUCGUGUAUGUGUUAACGCAGCUUGGAGAGGAGUACAACUCCAUUAUCUCUGCAGUCCGCAUUCGUGAAACGCCCGUCUCGUGGGGUGAGCUGGCGGAUAGUCUAACUGACCAUGAAUGCCAGUUGAAGGUUGCUGACACACAACUUGGUGCAAAGGUUGUUUCAACACAUCACUGA